AUGGCGGAAGUUUUAGUUCAGAAGCUCAUGGCAGAACUCAGGGAAGAGAUGGUAUGUCCAACCGGGGGAGAACCGACUGUUCGAAUAGCUCAUUUCCUGACUCCCUCGGUCACCUCAAUCGGCGGGCCUGUUUUUGAUCUUCCCCCGAACACCUGCUUUCCAGGAGCUACAUCCAGCUUUGCUGGCAUUUUCAAGAAAUCCAAGCUCAAAGUGAACUUUUGUGGGUGGAGAAACCCGCAAAAGGAUUGGAAAACAUGGGUUGAUCGCAUGAGUUCACUGCACCGUGCAGCCUGGAGAAAAGCUGGUAUAUUUGAUGCUAUAAUGAAUUCUACCUACCUUAAUACCCGAAAUGAGGAUCUGAUUUUUAGUUUUGGUGAGAAAUGGUGUCCUGACACAAAUACAUUUGUUUUCCCUUGGGGAGAAGCUACAAUCACAUUGGAAGAUAUGAUGAUCCUGGGUGGUUAUUCUGUUCUUGGUGACCCAGUUUUUAGGCCCGUUGAUACGGAUGAAUUUGCAGAGGUAGAGAAGAAACUACUUUUAGCGAGAUCCGAGUUGGCCAAGUCGAAAUCUAAAAAGCCCUCGCAGAGUCUUUGGUUGACUAAAUUCAUGGACAGUGGAAAUGAGAUCGAGCACGAAGCGUUUCUUGCAUUGUGGUUGUCCAGGUUUGUAUUCCCCAAUAAAACUAGUGAUGAUACUGUACAAAAAAUUGUUAUACCUAUUGCAAUCCAUCUAGCUAGAGGCACUAAAAUUGCUCUUGCACCGGCAAUUCUUGCUAAUCUUUAUGCUAGUUUGAGCGAGUUGAAACAGGCUCUUGUUGAUUCUAGAAGGAUGCAGAAUGUUAAUGAGCAAGAUAAGAUUUUGGAACUUUUAAUUUCAGCCCCAUUUCAGUUAGUUCAGAUAUGGAUAUUGGAGAGAUUUUUAACAUUGCUUCCAAAGCCUGUAACUCUAGAACAUGGUCAGCCAAGGUUCGCCAAAUGGAGUGGCCUGAGGAUGGAGGAUAUGAUAGACGUAAGCUUAUCCAUUGACGAAGCAGCUGAUUUUUUUCUUUGGCGGCCUUAUGCAAUUGGAUGCAAAAACUCACUGCCUCACUACAUUUACAAAGAGAAGGAACAAUGGGUGUUGGUUGGUUCCGACAUGGAUGAAGAUCUAGAGGCGCUUGUCAGAUGCUUGAGGGUGAGUGAACUGGUUGGGAUAGAAUCGGAUUGCAUUAUGCAGUACCUCCCACACCGAGUGGCCAUGCAAUUUGGCUUUGAUCAAGGUCUUCCUGGUCAAGUAACGCGAGCUAAUUUGAAUAUAAGUUUAGCCUGGGAAAAUUACACUAGGACAGUUAGAGAUGAGCGGUUGUAUAUACCAUCUCGCCUCUUUGAGCCGGAUGUUACUACUCAGUACCUGGUGUGGUGGAGGAAGUCCAUGUCUGUUCAGCUAGCUGCAAGUGUAGAUUCUGUGACUGGAGCGAGAUAUAAGGGUUUGAAAAAGCAGUUGUUACUGAAAUCUUCUCAAAAGAAAUCUGCCAGUGGUGCACCUGCUUCAGCUAGUUUACCUAGGAUGUGCGAUACAGUCAGACCAAAUGAUUCAGAAAAGAAGGCCAUUGCUGAUAAAGAGAGUGCACAGACUUCAUCUGAAAAGGAAUCAGAUAACAUUUCUCUUGUUCCCCCUGGUUUUCCUCCCAAGCCCAAUCAAACAGGAACAAGCAAUUCAGAGGAUGCAGAUCAUCAAAUACAAGCUAAACGAUUAAAGGAAGGAGCUGAUGGAAACCACAAAGCUCAGAAUAUAAUCAGAAUGACUGGCGCACAAUAUAAGAAGUACACUGCAGAUCGAGUUAGGAGUUCAGGAAAAAGAGUACUGCUGAAAUCGGAUAAAAAGAAACCAAACAAUAAUGAAGUUGUCACACCAGGUUUUCCUACCAAGGGAAACAUAUUGGGAAAAAGGGAGUUGGAGGAUGAGGAUGGACACACAAGAGUCAAACGUUUGAGGAAAGUAACUGAUGUAAGUGGGAAAACUGAAAAUGUAGUCAUAUUAACUGGUUCAGAAUAUAAGGCAAUGUUGCUAAAUACAGCUGGAAGAAAAUCAGAUAAUCACGGUUCUCUUCCCCUAGAUUUUUCUCCUAAGCACAACACAGUGGGAGCCAAGGGUUCAGUUGACAGGAAUGGAUGCGUUCAGUUUGAAAGUUUGGGGAACAAUGCUAAUGGAAAAGACAAAUCUCAGAGAGAUUCUCAACUAGAAGGUCCAAUUUCCUCAAUUUCUGAGAAUAUUACUGUUCAGAAAAUGCAGGUAGAGCCCUCAGAGAUUAAGUUAGAAACUGAAAUGGAAAAAAGAAGCUCAAGAAUGGCACUGGCACAUGAGACUGAGACUACACCUGAUGUAUACCUAACGGGUAGAUUGGUUGGUUGUGGAUCACGUCAUAAAUGUGAAGGUUCUGAAACCCAACCCUUUUGUCAUCUUCCUGUUGGGCCAAGCUUACCAAAUUUAAUAAAAGACAGCAGUGAAGCGGGGGCUGUUAUUCAUGAGAUGUUCGGAGUUGAUAGAGGAAAUGGGAAAAGCUGUAGUCAUGAAGCUUGGGAUGUUCUAGCAUGGAAACUUGAAGCUAGGAUAAGAAAUAUUGAGAGCACCAUUUCCAGGUACAGAGGAGGAUUAUAG